CUCGUCGAUGCCCUCGCUCGACCUGCUUGCCGACAGGACCACCGCCCGUCCGAAGGCAUAAGUAGGGCUUGCACAGCACGAGCUUGUACCUGCGCCCCAUCCGCUCGCCAUGUCUUCGCACACUGCCGCUCUCCUCAAGCACAAGGGCGCCCUCGCCGUCGCCUCGCGCCCCACGCCGGCGCCUGGCCCCGACGAGGUGCUCGUCGCCGUCAGGGCCGUCGCACUCAACCCCAUCGACCACAUCCAGCGCGGCACGCUCUUCUUCGUGCCCGUCCUGCCCGCCGUGCUCGGCUGCGACGUGGCGGGCGUCAUCGUCGCCUGCGGCGCCAAUGUCUCGAGCUCGCUCGGCCUGGCAGUCGGCACGCGCGUCUGCGCCUUCGCCUCGUCGUACUACCAAGAGGGCUCGCCGGACCACGGCGCCUUCCAGUCGCUCGUGCUCGUGCAGAAGGAGACGGUCGCGCCGCUGCCCGCCGGCAUCUCCUUCGAGCACGGCGCCAUGGUGCCGGUCGCCGCGCUCACGGCCUUCACGGCGUGGCCCAUCCUGGGCAUCUCGAUCGCCACCCGCCAUGCGCCCGGCACCGGCCCCGCCGUGCUCAUCUGGGGCGCGGCCAGCAGCGUCGGCACGUAUGCGGUGCAGACGGCCAAGCUGCUCGGCCUCACCGUGUACGCCACGGCCAGCCCGCACAACCACGCGUACAUCAAGAGUCUCGGUGCUCGCGCCGUCUUUGACUACCAUGCCGCCGAUGCCGUCGCCCAGAUCGCGGCGGCGGUCAAAGCAGACGGCGUGAGCAUGUCUCUUGCCCACGCCGUCGUGCCCGGCUCGCUCCAGCCCGUACUCGACGUGCUGCACCAGACGAGAGGUGCACAGCACGCUCGCGUGGCGCACUCGCCGCCUCUGCCCGAGGACAUGCCCACGCCCGCAGACACCACUGUCACCUUCAACCUGCCAUCCUUCGACAAGGCGGAGCGCAACGCGCACUUCCACGAGGUCUUCCACGAGCAGCUCAAGCCUGCGCUGGAGAACGGUAGCCUCGUGCCGAGCCCGGCGGCCCAGAUCGAGGGCGGCGGCCUCUCCGGCCUCGACGCGGCGCUCGACAAGCUGCAGGCCGGCGUCAGCGGCAAGAAGCUCGUUCUGGCGCUCUGA